AUGGCCUUGCCAAUCUCUGCAAUUGGUUUUGAAGGUUAUGAAAAGAGGCUUGAAAUUUCGUUUUUUGAGCCGAGCUUCUUUGCUGAUCCUGAAGGAAAGGGUCUUAGAUCUCUUUCCAAAUCUCAGUUGGAUGAGAUUCUAGAACCUGCUGAGUGCACUAUAGUUGCUUCACUGUCAAAUGACCAUGUUGACUCUUAUGUCCUCUCUGAAUCAAGCCUCUUUGUCUAUCCUUAUAAGAUAAUCAUCAAAACCUGUGGGACAACAAAGUUGCUCCAAUCAAUCACACCUAUCCUGAAAUUGGCUGAUUUACUUUCCCUCGUUGUUCGGUCUGUGAGAUACACUCGUGGAAGCUUCAUUUUCCCUGGAGCUCAGUCAUAUCCACAUCGUAGCUUCUCAGAAGAGGUUGCUGUCCUUGAUAGUUAUUUUGGGAACCUUGGUUCAGGAAGCAAGGCUUAUAUAAUGGGUAGUUCUGACAAACCACAGAAAUGGCAUGUCUACUCUGCUUCUGCUGGAUCUCAAUCUCUUGACCCAGUUUACAUCCUAGAGAUGUGUAUGAUUGGUUUGGACAGGGAGAUGGCUUCGGUCUUUUACAAGAGCCAAUCAUGCUCAGCUGCUCUGAUGACCAAUCAGUCUGGUAUAAGGAAGAUUCUUCCAGAUUCUGAAAUAUGUGAUUUUGAGUUUGAUCCUUGUGGUUAUUCCAUGAAUUCUAUCGAAGGAGCUGCUGUUUCUACCAUUCAUGUCACACCGGAAGAUGGUUUCAGUUAUGCAAGCUUUGAAACAGUCGGAUAUAAUUUGAAAGAUCUGAACCUAGGCCCGCUGAUUGAAAGGGUGUUGGCUUGCUUCCAACCGGGUGAGUUCUCAAUUGCUGUGCAUGCCAAUAAGUCACUCGGGCAGACUUCCGGUUUGGAUGUGAAAGGUUACUGUCUUGCUGAGAAGAGCCUUCAAGAGCUUGGGACUGGUGGUUCCAUAGUCUACCAGAAGUUCACGAAGACUGUGUCCUAUGGAUCUCCUAGGUCCAUUCUGAAAUGUUGCUGGAAAGAGGAAGAGGAAGAGGAAGAAGAAAAGGAGGAGUAGUUUCGAGGGGUUAUUAUUUCUGUUUUUAUGAACUUAUAAUAAAACUGUUGUGCCUGUAGUCAUCAGUCACAACGGUGGUACUUGUGUUGAAAUUCGAUUCUAUUGUGUGUUGCCUAGUCUACAAUAGUUGGAUUUUAAAACUUAUAAUGUCAGUCUGGUAAUUUCUGGAUUUGAUCUGCUGUUGGUGUUGCAUCUUUUAAUAGUUGUGGUUAUGGUUAUGUAAAGCACUGCUUGAUGAAAUUAUUAUACAAAUAUGUUUGUUAUGCUUUGUUCUUUAUCUGGUUCUUGGGGAUCAGGUGCUUCAGUAAAUUCUAUUGUUUGGCUAGGCGGUUGGGCUUUUGAAACAAU